AUGGCCGCAACAGCACAGGCAACUCGCCCAGAGCCUCAUGGAUCUCGUACCAUGACCGUCACACCAACAACCGACACUGAAGCGGGCCCCUCUACCGCCACUGCGUCGCCACCCGAGAGUCAGUGGGCAGCCGAGACCAUUGACAACGAGGGUAUGGGAAAGAAGAAAUCAAAGAUCUGCUGCAUUUACCACAAGCCCCGGCGCUUUGACGAAUCAUCGUCUGAAUCUGAAUCCUCGGACGGCGACGACGACGAUGACUGCUGUUCGCAUGACAAGAACAACGAUGGCGCUGCUCUCCGUUCACGCGACGGUAGCGGCGUCGGCGGCCAGGUGGAAGAGGACAGCAGCUCCGAGUCAGACGGCGGCGGCGGUGAUGGCCGCGCGAGGCCCGUACGUCGACCCCGCAAGAAGUCUCACACCCACGGCCACGGCCACAACUCGAAGGCGAACAAGUACGACGCCAAAGGCAAGGACAAGGCAUGA